UACCGUGUUUAUGGGAUGGCCGUCUUCCUGCUGUUGCUUGGCCUUGCACUGGUUCCUGUAGCCUCUUCAGAAAGCACAAUGAAGGGGAUUACAGAAACCUUCCCACAGGAAGAGAGUCAGCCUGCUGCCAAACUGAGUGCUGGGGAGUCCGUGAACUCGACCCUGCCAGACGAAAACAUCAGCCCCAGCAAAUCCGAGGAUGUGACGUCGGCCCCACCCUCAAAAUCCAGAAGGUCCUAUUUCGUCAUCCCAAAGGGAAACCCUUUGAGUAACAACAAAAAUUGUCUAAACGGCCUGAUAGUCUGGAGGAACAUUUUAGACGUGAACGAGACACGCCAGUUGGGCAGUAACUUUAUACAUGGGUCCAGGCAUGUGAUACACGGAGGUCCCGGGGCCACUGUCUGGAAGUGUGGACACACACUCGGCCUAAGCUGCCGUGAGAGCCUAGGACUGGAGCAUGCCGGAGCGUGCAAGGUCGCUGCAGGCCGGCAGUGCCCCAGGUGCCAGGAGCACAGUGUCACCUCAGUAAAGAGAAUCUUGACGGUGCUGACAAGCCACUCUCUGAUGAGCUGGCUAGUUAGUGGCUCUAAGCUGUAAAUCUCAGGGCUUUGAGACUGAAGCAGGAUGAAUGCAUGACCAUCGUUGCUUCUACCCUUCUGCAGCACGUGUCUCUCUCAGAGUAGAUGGUAAACACUGUCCUAGCUGGAGGAGUGAAAGAAAAGAAAAAAAAAAAAAUAGUGGCCGACUAUAAAUCCUAACCCAUCCUAGAAUACGGACCCACUCUUGCUCUUGCCUCCACAAACUGAAUUCCUUCCUAGUUUGGCUGUAAAGCUUCCCCAAAGCUGAGUCUACCCAAGUGGACAAAGGUAAGGAGAGAAACUCCAAGCCACAUAGCAAGUGAGGGUGAGACUUGUACUCAGUGCUGCUCUUCAAAGAAGGGUGAGCCCAUGUGCAUGCCUGGGCGCAGCCCCCCCCCCCAGGCCCUCUGUGGCCUGUCCUCCGGGAGAUGUGAGUAUCAGCAGGUCCAGCUCUGUACAA